GUGGUUGCGACGUACGCGGCCGAGUUCAACGCCGAGGAGGUGUUUGCCAAUGAGCGUUCCGCUGUCAUUGCGCACCUGCCCUCCCUGGAGGAUAGUACGGCGCCGUCGUACUUUGAGGCGCCCACGGCGGGGGCAGCCAAGGCGGAUCUCGAUGCCAUGGACGCGGAUGACGACAAGGAGGAGGAGGAGGAGUCUGGGCCUUCGGGGAUGGAGGAGGACGAGGAGGAUAUGCUGGCGGCGGCGGCGGCGCUGAAGCGACGGGAGGCCGCCAAGGCGGCGGCGGGCGGUGGCGCCCAGAACGCGGCGUUGUACGGCGAGGACGGCCAGUUCAACCCGCAUCUUGCCCGGUCGCAGAAGAAGCGGCUGAAGAAGGCUCGUCUCUCAGGCGAGGAAGUCGCGCCGCCUGGGACCAAGAAGAAGGCACCGCAUCCGUACGGUGGCGACAGCGAUGGCGACGGUGACUUUGACUUCGACGCCAUGAAUCGGGAAGAGGCGGAGGGGGAGGAGGGCGAGUCCUUGAGCGACGAGGAGGGCGGGGAUGGGGAGGAGGAAAGCGAGGAUGGGGAGGCGAGUGAUGGUGACGACGACGACGAUGAUGAUGAUGAAGAUGGCAUGGAGGACUAG